UUGUGGGAGGUAGAGGGAGAACCAGUCAACGUGUUAGGAUAUUUUUCCAAAUUUUCCUUGGAAGCCCUAAACUCUUACUUUAUUAAAAUUUUCUCCCCACGGCGGCUUCGUUUCGCUUCAAACCACACGAGAGCUUUCCCAUUUUCGAGUUUUGAAUUCAACCACCACAAGCAGAAGGAAACCCCAAAGCGUUCAAUCCUCUCACAACCUCUGCGAUUCCCGUAACUGACGAGAAGAAAAUGGGGAAGAACGAGAAGACGUCUCUAGGGCGAGCCCUAGUGAAGCACCACAACCAUAUGAUCCAAGAAACAAAGGAAAAAGGCAAGUCCUACAAGGAUCAACACAAGAAGGUUUUGGAAUCUAUUACAGAGGUCAGCGACAUCGAUGCUAUCAUCGAACAAGCCGAGGAAGCUGAACGCCUCUUCGCGAUUCAUCACGAUUCCGCAACCCCUGUACCUAUCAAUCUGGACACAGGUUCGAGUUCAAGUGGUAUAACAGCUAAAGAAUGGAAAGAGCAACGUAUGAGAGAAGAGGCUUUACAUGCUAGUAGCCUUCAAGUGCCUCGAAGACCUCAUUGGACACCAAAAAUGAAUGUGGAGCAACUUGAUGUUAAUGAAAAACAAGCUUUUCUCACUUGGCGCCGGAAACUUGCGAGCCUCGAGGAAAAUGAAAAGCUUGUAUUGACUCCAUUCGAGAAGAAUCUUGACAUCUGGAGACAGCUAUGGCGAGUACUGGAACGAAGUGAUUUGAUUGUUAUGGUUGUUGAUGCUAGGGAUCCUCUGUUCUAUCGGUGUCCUGAUCUUGAGGCAUAUGCACAAGAAAUUGAUGAUCAUAAAAAAACAAUGCUUCUUGUAAACAAGGCGGAUCUUCUACCUACUUAUGUCAGGGAGAAAUGGGCGGAAUACUUUUCCCGCAACAAUAUUCUGUUUGUAUUCUGGUCAGCCAAAGCUGCUACGGCUACCCUAGAAGGUAAACCCCUGAAAGAACAAUGGAGAGCACCUGAUACCUCUCAGAGGACGGAUGAUCCAGCUGUUAAAGUAUAUGGAAGGGACGAGCUAUUGGCUCGAUUAAAACUUGAGGCUCAAGAGAUAGUAAAAAUGAGGAAAUCUAGAGGAGUUUCCGCAACUUCUGCUGAAUCGCACCGCGAACAAGUUGUCGUUGGUUUUGUUGGGUACCCGAAUGUGGGAAAGAGUUCGACAAUCAACGCUUUGGUAGGUCAGAAGCGAACAGGUGUCACAUCUACCCCGGGGAAAACAAAGCAUUUCCAGACAUUGAUUAUAUCUGAGGAGCUAAUGCUCUGUGAUUGCCCUGGUUUAGUCUUCCCUUCAUUCUCAAGCUCAAGAUAUGAAAUGAUUGCUUCUGGAGUUCUUCCAAUAGACCGGAUGACCGAGCACCGUGAAGCUAUCAAGGUUGUGGCUGAACGUGUUCCUCGGAAUGCCAUUGAGGAUGUGUACAACAUCUCUUUACCUAAACCUAAAACCUAUGAGCCUCAGUCCCGCCCACCUCUUGCCUCAGAGCUUCUGAGAACAUACUGCCUCUCUCGUGGUUAUGUCGCCUCUAGUGGACUACCUGAUGAGACCAAAGCAGCUAGGCAGAUUCUGAAAGAUUACAUUGAAGGUAAGCUUCCACAUUUUGCAAUGCCUCCAGAGAUGACCCGAGAAGAUGAAAACGAGACAAGGGAUGAUGAUACUUUGGGAGCCGAAAUAGUUGAAGGUUCACCAUCUGUGAAGGAAGGUGGAGAAGCUCCUGGUCUUGGUCUUGAUCAAGUUCUAGAUGAUCUGAGCUCAUUUGAUCUUGCAAAUGGAAUUGGGCCUUCCAAGAAGAAACAGAACAAGAAGUCACAUAGGAAAAACUGAUUCGGUCUUGAUGGAAUAUCGUGCUGAGAAGUUCCCAGAAACCAACAAGCAAUCACGAUGCAUUGAUCAACAAAUGCUGGAAUAUAUGAUACAAAAUGUGGGGUUUUUCUUAUGUAGAAAUUGUGAAAAGUUCUAACAGCUGUUGGUUAGAUGUUAUGUUUGUGCAAAUAUACUAGAGAUAUCGAGAAUUUUUCAGCUUGAUACUAGUCAAUAUAUUGAUGAAGAGUCCUUUGGAGCAGGUUCUGUAAAGCAGCUAAAUUGAUAACUUAAAAUCCAAAAAAAAUUCAAUA